AUGGGCAAAAUAGGCACCAAGCAUGCCUGGGAACAAGAGGCUUCCAAACUAUCGAAGAUCUUCGAUGCAUUGUCUGCUGGUUCUGGUAGGCUGGCGCAUGGCCAUACAUUCCAGGCCCAUCCCCUUGCCUGCGCAGCCGCCAUCGCCGCCCAAGGAAUCAUCAAACGCGAUAACCCAAUCGAGCUGACCGCUCAGAUGGGCCAGAAGCCUCAAAUGCUGCUGCGGAGAGCAAUUGGGUCUCUUCCCCUAGUUAGUCCCCUAGUUGGUGGCAUCCGGGGUCGAGGCCUGUUCUGGACCGUGGAAUUCGUGCUUCACAAGAAGCUGAGGGCGGAGUUUGAGCUAGAAAUUGACUUCUGUGGACAGGUUGUAAGGUAUAGUCUGGAUAUGGGUCUGAACGUCCUAGGCAAUUUGGGACGGUCCGGAAAGUUCCAGGUUGACUAUGUCCUGGUUUGUCCGCCGUACAUUGUUACGGAAGGGGAGCUAGAGGACAUUGUUUCCCGCCUCAGGAGCGCUACCGUGGAAAGGAGUCAGCCUUUUGUCGAGCCUGGGGUGGCGAAGUACUCGAACUCAUGGCUACUAACUAGUAUCUAG